AACCAUACAUAACCACACUUUAAAUGUCCAAACAAAGUAAACAAACUAAAGAUAAUGUAAAAAAUAAUACUUAAUAAAUUAAAUAUUACUGAUUUAGUAUGAAUGGAAAAGACAUUGAUACCUGCUCACUAAGCAGCAAUGACAGUGAUACUACUAUUAUAGAUAACAGUAUUACAAAAUGUAAAGAAAAGAGCAUAUAUGAUUUAUCUGAAUUCGAGGAAUGCGAACCACCUAAAAGUUUAUCGCCGAGUACCUCACCUUUCCAAGAUGAAUCUCAUCCUCAAAUUCCAGCAUAUACUUGUACAAGCCGAAAUUUUCAAGAAACAAUUGUAUUAUCCAGUGAUGAUGAGUCUGAAUCUAACAGGAAUAAGGCUGAAGUCAUCUUUACGCAUAAAAAUAGUACUGAGAUAGCAUUAGAAAAAGAUAAUACAAUUUUUGAAAUGCAAAAUUUUGAUAUUAUAGCAACAGGUGAUAAACAAGAAACACACACUGACAGUCCAAAGAAAAUAAGAGCUCCAAGGAAGAAAAACACUGAAAAUGAUCCUACAAAAGAGAUAUCCUCACCAAAGCAAAAGAAAAAGAAACAAUCAGAAAAAGAGAAUAAUCUAAAAAAGGUUCAAAAAACCAUUCAAAAGCAUAGUAGAGACCCAGAAAAAUCCAUAGAGGUAAUAUUUAAUAUGAUUACCUAUAUGUUUAAUUUUAUUAAAAUUAUCUUUAUUGUCAUAUUUCUUAAGGAACUAACACUGAACAUAGAUCAAUCAAUACUUAACAACAUAGAUUAUGGAGAAAUUAUUAAAACAUAUUUAGAAAACAAAGGUAUUUCAUAUGUAGAGAAGCCUUCUUCACAAGAUUUGAUAUCUUGGACAAGAAAAAUUGAAAAAAUAGAAGAUGAGGAAAUAAUUGAAUUUGAGAGUGAAGAGGGACACUAUAUGAAAAUUGUAACUCCUGCACAAUUUGGUAACUUAAUUCCAAUUUUAACAAGUCUUAAAUCCUCUACAAAUUUUGAUCAUCUCACCAUUCUUGUUUAUGGCAUUUCCAAACCUACAGAUGAGCAGGAAUUAGAGAUUUUGGAAGCAGAAAUGUUUUUCCCAACAUUUUGGAAUUUUGUAAAAACGAAGGAAGAUGUAGCUUCAUUUAUUUACAUGGCUACUAAAGCAGUUUCUUAUUAUCCUUAUAAGGCAGAAAGGGAGGAGAAAGAUAAACAACAAAAUGAAUACUUCAAUGAUGUUAACAAAGAUGUGGUAAAAAUAGAUAAAAACGGUAAUGGAUUGAACAGGUUGUGGCGCCAAAUGUUGACAAAAUUUCCAUUAGCUAGAUUGGAGACAGCUGAGGCCAUCACUACAGUCUAUCCCACAAUGUCAUCCUUAUUUCAGGCUUAUGGGACUAGCACUGUGCCCGGUGAAGCUUUGGUGCAAGAUUUGCCUAUAAGAAGAGCCCAAGGUCCACUAGCUUCAGUCAGGAAAUUGGGUCCAGAGUUCAGCAAAAAGUGCCAUAAUUAUUUUAUGUCUGAGAGCAAUAGAUUGUUAUGAAUGAAACUAAUUUGAUAUACAUAUAAUUGAUUUGAA